UUCAAGUUUUAAACUACUUCAAAUUAAGUUCUCAUUACUUUCUGUAGCAAUGGAUUACCAAAACAGUCAUAUGACCAUCGGUGGCGCAAAUGCACUGACACUUUUAGAUUAUCCCGGCAGUGGUCAGGCCGGAAGAUACAGCCAGGCCAAGAUCCAGCGCUCUGAUUUCCCCAAGGAUUUUGUCUUUGGUUCUGCAACAUCUGCUUAUCAGGUUGAAGGUGCUUGGGCCACAGGCGGUAAAGGCAAAAGCAACUGGGAUAUCUUCACACUGAAAACGCCUGGUAAAAUCGAAGGUGGCACUAAUGGGUGUGUUGCUAUCGAUCAGUAUAAUAUGUGGAAGGAUGAUGUGGCUUUAUUAAAGAAAUUGGGCUUAGAUUCUUAUAGAUUUUCAAUUGCAUGGACCAGAGUACUUCCAGGGGGAAGAUUGUCUGCUGGCAUAAACAAGGAAGGAAUUAAAUAUUAUAAUGACCUUAUAGACUCACUCCUUGUUGAAGGCAUUGAGCCUUGUGUGACUAUCUUCCACUGGGAUGUUCCCCAAUGUUUGGAAGAUGAGUAUGGUGGUUUCUUAAGCCCGCGAAUUGUGAAAGAUUUUUCCGAGUUUGCGGAGCUUUGCUUUUGGGAAUUUGGUGAUCGGGUAAAAUAUUGGAUCACACAGAAUGAACCAUGGUCCUUUACUCUUCAAGGAUAUGCGUUGGGUACUUUUCCACCUGGUCGAGGCCCAACUCAAGCAGAGCAUGUAAAGACUAUCCGUCGUCAUAGGUGUAAACCUGGGGCUUUAACCCAUUGCUCCAAUGGGAAUCCGGGCACUGAACCAUAUAUUGUGGCACACCAUUUGAUCCUUUCUCAUGCAGCAGCAGUUGAUAUUUACAAGCAGAAAUAUCAGGUGUAUCAAGGAGGCAAGAUAGGAGUAACAAAUGUUGCUGAGUGGUUUGAGCCACUCACUGAGACCCCAGAAGAUAUAGAGGCUGCUUCAAGGGGCCUCGAUUUUAUGUUGGGAUGGUUCGUAGCACCAAUAGUAACUGGUGAUUACCCACCGGUUAUGAGAAAACGAGUUGGAGAUCGUCUUCCCACAUUUACACCAGAACAAGUAAAGUUGGUGAAAGGAUCAUAUGAUUUUUUAGGCAUAAAUUAUUACACUAGUACUUAUGCUAGCAAACCUAGCAAACCUGGUACGCACAUAAGUUACGAAAAUGAUAGGGAUGUCACAGAAUCACAUGAACGUGAGGGGAUACCUAUUGGUCCAAAGGUACGCCUUUUAACUUGGACUUUUUAGAAUGAAAAUGGAAAA